GGGAGAGGAGGGCGGUGUAGGCGGUGUAGGCGGUGUAGGCGGUGUAGGCGGUGUAGGCGGGCGCAGAGGGCUCAGCCAUGGCAUACGGUCCAUUGGCGCAAUGCGCCUUCAUGUCAGGGCCAUCGCCCUUCAAAAAGAAGGCCCCGCCUGGUGAAGAGAAGAAACAGUUCAAGGACUUGUUGCCGCCGUGGAAACCACCAGACAGAUGUGAGGCACCACCACCUGGUUCCUUCAUGCUGUACUGCUUCGACAUGGAAGAAAUCAAGGAUCCCAACGCCACCAGUCGGUCAUUGCCACUGGAUGAGAUGUCCCAUGUCACUUUUGGAUCAUCACAGGAAGUAGAUGGCAUGGUGUAUGAUGGCAACAAAGGUGUGAGGCCAGAACACGCUGCUAUCUACUACAUGAAGAGCAGGUGGUUCCUGAAGGCAGUGAAUGGCCCAGUCACUGUUGAGAGCAUGACCCUGCAUCCCCACUUGAAGGAUUCAGAUGGCAAGCCUCCAAAGCGAUACACCUCAGCAAGUACCAAGAAGAUGGAGACCAUCGAGCCAAUGGAUGCCAAGAAGAAGCUCACUCGAGAGUUUUGUGUUUUCCGCUUGGGAGAUUCUGAGCGGCGCUUCUGGAUAGGAGGGCCUCUUCCGUUGGGAGAUGGAGAGGCAGAAGAGGCCGGAGCCACUGAGGGAAGAAAGAAGGAGAGGAAAGAGAGAGGUGAAAAAGCCGAUCGAGGUGAUCGGGGCGACCGAGGAGAGAGGGACCGAGGGGACCGAGGGGACCGAGGGGACCGAUGGGACCGAGGGGACCGAGGGGACCGAGACCACAAGGACAGGGACCACAAAGACCACAAGGAUCACAAGGAUCACAAAGAGCACAAAGAGCACAAGGAUCGAGAUCGGAAGGAAGACAGAGACCACCGGUCGCGGACGCGCAGCCGCAGCCGCAAGCGAAGACGCUGAGGGAUCUUUGUAUGAUCUUUGUAGCGUAGGGAAACGGCAGUGGACUAAUUCAGCCCACCAGUUCCGGAAUCUGUUUGGAGCAUCGGGCAAUCCGCAGCUGACAAAACUAUUUGGGCGAAAAAUGAUGGUGCAUAUCUUGGCAC